AUGUCGUUGCGCGCGAGGGUACAGGUGGAUGCAGAGAAAGCGGUCCCAGAAAGUGGAAAUAAUCAUCAUAUUCCCCAACCAGAGCAUCGACCAAAAAUGCAUCGUCAUUACAAAACGACAACUCAGCCCUUCAUCGGUCGUCUAGGAGGCAACCAAGAAUUUGCUCUCGAUGAAAGCGACUUGUUGAAUGCUUCCAAAAUCAAAGCAGUCCCCGAUGCUGCUCCUUGUAUGUCCUUGAGGGAUCAGCUGGACCUCAAUGGCUUCAUCCUGCCGGGACUCUGGAAAGCAGCUAUAUUAGAAGGAAUGGGUUCCUUCCUCCUCAACUUCCUCACAAUCUACAUCAACCUCUCCCCCGACAUCCUCCCCACUGCCCCAUCACCAGAAUGGGGACCCUUCGCCAACGCGACCUUCAUCGGACCCCUCAUCGGUGGUAUCACAAACUGGCUCCUCAUAACCCUCUUCACCUACACCUUUGGCGGUCUCACCGGCGCUCACCUCAACCCCACGAUAACAAUAGCCACUUUCUUCGCACGUCUCUGCUCUCUCCCCCGGAUGGUCCUCUACGUCUUCUCACAAACCGCCGGAUCUGCCCUCGCCGGCCUUAUGGUACGCGCCGCCUAUGGCUCUCGGGAUUUCAAAACCGGUGGCUGUUUUCUGUUCACGGAUAUCGCAACUGUAGGCUCGGCCUGGGCGUUGGAGUUCAUGUGUACCUCUGCUUUACUGUUCCUCGCGUUUGGGGUUGGUCUUGAUCCAAGACAGAAGAAGAUUAUUGGACCGAGUCUAGGUCCGUUUUUGGUGGGCAUGACAGUUGGACUUAUCAGUUUUGGGACUGCGUUCUCGAAAUUUGGGAGCGGAGGUGCGAGUAUGAAUCCUGCGAGGUGUUUCGGGGCGUUUGUUGGGAGUCGGUUUGUAGGGUGGCAUUGGAUUCAUUGGGUUGCGGACAUUUCGGCGGGCAUGGUUCAUGGUCUAUUCUACUUCUUGAUUCCUCCCUGGGAGGAAUUGGAAGGUAAUCCUGCCAAUCUUGCGUCUGGUGGUCGGAUGUCUCCGGAAGAGGAAUGA